AUUUUCAGUUUGACGUCAACUUUUAAAGUAAAUUAAUUCAAGUAACCUCAAUUGUAUAUUGAUAAAUUUAUUGUUAUUUUACAAUUAUUAAAAAAAUGAAUUUAAAUCAGAUAGAUAUUUCGCGUGUAAUAAAUUCUAUAAAGGGAUAUUUACAGACAGAAUAUCUUUCUGAAUUUACGAUAAAUAGUUUCAAUUAUAUCUCCAAUCUUAUGGCAAUAUUGAUCCGAUACCCUAAAGAAAUUUUCAUAAAACGCUUACAAAAACGAAAACGAAAACCACUACCAUGUAUAGGAAAACCGAGAGACUGUGGAAGCAAGUGCAUUUGCAGCAAGUGCAUUAAAAAUACAAACAAGAAACAACGUGUCAUGGAUUCGGAUUUCUUUGCAAAUAUGUCUUACGAACAUAGAGUGUUAAAAGUCAAUGAAAAACCAAAAGCAAAAGACGCCAAAAUUAAAAAUCCUUGCUGUGUGAAAGAAGAGGAUCGUCAAUGUGUUUCCAUUCAUAGAGAUGUGCGGAUCUCAAAUGGAUCAGGAUGGACUUGGUGGAACAAUAUCACACGUCGACAAUACAUGCCACCGUUAUAUUCACCCUAUGAUAUUACAACACUAUCCGAGUGUUCUUCUUAUAAAUCGGGAUUCAUAUCAAAUACACCAGUGGCAGAAUCCAAGGAAUCUGUUGCAACACUCAAAAGUUCUUCGGCAACGAUAAAUAUUUCCAAUAGCAGAUCAGUUAUGGAAUUAACUGUUAUUAGUAGAAAAACCCAAAAUCGAUCCAAGUCUGAUCCACUGGUUGUUCUGCGUCGAAAUAGAAUAAAAAAUAUGCAAAAACUAGUGAGAAGUGUGUCUACAAAAACACCGAGUUUGAAAAAGAAGAAAAGAAAUAGAAGAUUGUUUAAUGUAAAGAGAAGACAAAAUAAGUUAGGAAAAGCUCGUAAAAUCCGAGCAAGUCUCAAUAAUCUCAGUACAAUGGUUUGUUGCUCAAAAACUGGUCCACAAUUAAAAUAAUAGUGAACACUUUAUUUCAUCAGCUUAACAUCUGGUCAAAAAAGUUAAAAUUCAUUAAAAUUAUGUAUAUAUGUGGACAGAAAAAGUUUGUUUUUUGUUAUAUAAUUAAAAUUUAUUUUGUUAAUAAAUGUUUCACUUUCAUUAAAA